AUGCAAACAAUGCAACACUCAGGCGGCUUCCUCAUGGUGAGAUGGAAAAAUGGGCCUCACACCUUGAAGCUCGUGGCGAGCCCUGCCGGCACACGUGUGCGGCGCGUGGUGCCUCGUACCAUUGAGGCCACGCUCUCCAUCGAGCCACCAAGAUUCGGUGCUUUCGAUCGGGAGAGAACCGUUGGGGAGAUGGUGCGAGCCGCUCCCUCGUUUGCAAGCCAGAAGCGAGGAAGAACCCCCGAGGGGCAGAAGUCGCCAGGAGGGCCGGUCCCUCCCAGACUGAAAUUGACCACCUAA